UUGCGUCAAGACAGCUAGAAAUCCAUACGCUCUCAAAUCAAGUGUGCCUGAAAAAAUUAUAUUCUUCACGUAAACAAGCGAUGAAAAUGUGGACACUUUUUAGUCAGUGAAUUGUAUGGAGUUCCACUGCUGUGCCACGAGUUGUCCUAUUAAUUAGAGUUGAAAGCUAUCGUAUCAUGGCACCUAAAAUGAAGCAAUCUACAAAGGGGAACAAGCAAAUUAUAGAGGAGAACAUUGCCACCUUGAAGUUUUAUCGUAACAUGUCGUGUGGUUCCACUAUCUUUCAUAUAUUAGUAGUUUUCAUAUUCUUUGAACCAUUUUCUGGAUUACAGAUGAUAAUGACAAUUUUGACAAUAGCUGUUCAUCUCGGAAGCUAUUAUUUCAUGUCAAUGAUGAGUCGACCUCAAUACACGGAUGGUGGAAGUAUUUUGGAUUCCGGGAGUGAUUUGAAUCUUGAAGGAGGCAUUGCAGAACAUGUGAAGGACAUAAUAAUUCUAACGGCGGGAACACAGCUUUUAUCGCUUUUAUCUGAUUUCUUCUGGUUACUACUGCUAUUAGGACCAUUACGAGCCGCUUGGAUAUUUUGGAAUUCGGUUGUGAAACCAGGGCUGAGUCAGAAGAACGACGCCGAAUUGUCAAAUGAAAGAAAACAGAAACAGAGUGAGAAAAAAAUGAAACGCGUACGAUAAAUAAAUAAGACACCUACUAGAUAA